AUGGUUCAGUUUGAUGGUCCUUCUGGUCCAGUAGAAGAAUGCAGUGAAGAUAAUAAUUUUCAAUGUCCUGAUGGAAACUGCAUACCUAAGGUGUUACUAUGUGAUGCACAUAAAGACUGCAGUGACGGUGCUGAUGAAUCUCAAUGUGAUUCUGGCCCAGUAGAUGAAUGCGGUGAAGAUAAUUAUUUUCAAUGUCCUGAUGGAAACUGCAUACCCGAGACGUUUUUAUGUGAUGCACAUAAAGACUGCAGUGAUGGUGCUGAUGAAUCUCAAUGCGAUUGGUACUGCAAUGAUUGUCAAAAUGAUGGUACUUGUUUAAAGGUACGAACUGAUGAUGUUGUUGUCUUCUGUAUCUGUAAACCACAGUGGACUGGUGACUACUGCGAAGUGCCAGUCGCUCCACUUUGUGAGACUAAUCAGUGUUUGAAUGGAGGUGUUUGCCAUUAUUUAGGUGAUAAAGUGGUGUGUAGUUGUGCUGUAGGUUGGAAGGGUCUUGUUUGUGAAGAACCUGAUGAGACUGUUGGCCACUGUAGUCACCUCCAGUUCCAGUGUGAUGACGGCCGUUGUAUAUUUUCCCGUUUUCGCUGUAAUGGCGCAGGGGACUGUCUAGACUCUAGUGAUGAAGUCAACUGCACAAGUAUAGUCCCUUCCUGGUGUGCUGGUAAAUAUGACUUUCAUUGUGAGGCAGAUGACUCAUGUAUUGAUAUAAAACAUAAAUGUGAUGGACCAUUGGAUUGCAGUGAUGGACAAGACGAAGCUGACUGUGGUUUUCGAGGAAGUGAUAAUAGCAGUGAGGGAACUGACAAUUACAUCUACAUCAGUACAAGUUACCAGACUGUUACGUUCACGAUUGUAUGUUCAAUCGUUACUCUGGUUGUCAUCAUUGCUUGUGGUGUCGCAAUUCACCAAUAUCGGCGUAGACUCCGUUAUCGCUACCAGCUUGCUAUGGCCAUCACAAGACGUCGCAAUAGACCCAGAUCAAACAUCUAUGUUCCACCGCCAUGCUUAUCUAAUCUAGAACCACAGAUUGAUAGAAAUGCUGACCCUGACCAAACACAUGUCUACAUACGUUAUAGCAUAAAUAAUGGCGUCCAGAUUAUCAGUCUUGGGGACGACCACCUGUCAUCACCAAGUUCAACGACAAACCAGAGCUCCCUAAUAAGUAACGAGGAUGCUCCUCCAUCAUACUGGGAUGUUGUCCAAACAGAUGAGAACGCAGAGAAUACACAGAAUAGACAAUCUGUAUCAUCUUCUACAUUAGAUGAAUGCCCGGAUGAUGGGAAUGACUCACCACCGCCCCCUUACCCAGCAUGCAAGGUGAACACAUGAUCGGUGUAUGAGGCCAUUUAGAAUAGCUCAUUGUAAGUACACAUGCUUCAAAUUUACAAGAUGGUUGAUCUCAACACCUACAUGCGGAACGCAUUCAUGGUUGAAUAGGAGGUUACAACUACUGUCCGCCACUGCCUUAUUCAGGUCUAGAACAGUGGAGAAA